AUGGCGCGAACAACACGCGCGGCAGCAGCCAGAGCGAGCACGACAGCGACCGAGACACAGCAGCUAUCAAGCCCGCCUGCAACACCACUUGCUGGACAGGGUAAAAAAGUCGCCAAAGGUGCAGCCAACGUGAAAGUGACCAAGAAGCAAGAGGCACCAGUGACACCUGCAAGUGGCAAGAAGCGCUCAAGAAGGGCUGUUAAGCAAGAGGACUUCGACGUAAACGAACUCCCCCACAAUCUAGGACCAGCUCUACCUACACCAGGCGCGGAAGAUGCGCCACCUCCGAAGCGGGCGAAGCGUAGCAGGAAAGAUGAGGAAAAUACAGACGGUGCCGAGGUCAAGCUCGAGGACGUCGAAAAUGUCGAAGAAACAAAGCCUACGCCCAAGAAGACUCCAAAGAAGGCAAACUACGGAGUCAUACUCGGCCAGACGCCUUUCCCGGACUACCUGAGACCGACUCCUGAGGAAUGCUUCGAAGUCACUCGUCUACUGGAGAAGACGCAUGGUUCAGUCACAGUCCCAGAAGCUAUACCGGCUCCCUCGCUGGAUGUGGCAGGCUGUGGAGAAGUGCCCUCGGUGCUCGAUGCUCUGAUUCGAACAAGACUCAGCGCCAACACCACAAACAAUAACUCAAGCACAGCGUUCAGAGGCCUCGUAGCACGGUUCGGCACUAUCAAGGAGGGCAUCGGCAAGGGCAGUGUAGACUGGGACGCUGUAAGGAGGGCGCCUCAGAACGAAGUCUUCAAAGCCAUCGAACGCGGUGGUCUUGCCCAGGUCAAGUCGAAGGACAUCCAGGCGAUUAUACAGAUUGCUUACGAGGAAAAUCAAGAGAGGAAGGCGGCUUUGAUGAAUCCAUCGGACGAUCCAGCCGGCGCUGAGAACGAACCGGAGAAGGAGAAGCAAGAUGAAGUCGCCAAAGCAAAGCGGAACAUUAUUUCGUUGGACCAUUUGCACCUGCUGAGCACAAAAGAUGCAUUCAACAAGAUGAUCAGUCUGCCGGGUAUUGGUCCCAAGACAGCUUCUUGUGUCUCUCUAUUCUGUCUGAAGAGACCAUCCUUCGCUGUUGAUACGCACGUCUUUCGCCUUUGUCAAUAUCUUGGCUGGGUACCAAAGUCGACCAAGAAAGGCGAGCCGAAAGUAGACAGGCACACCACAUUCUCCCACUGCGACGUGCGGAUUCCAGACGAGCUGAAAUAUCCCCUGCAUCAGCUGCUCAUCGCGCACGGAAAGGUAUGCCCAAGAUGCCGAGCAGCAACGGGUAUGUCCAGUGCAAACUGGGAAGAGGGUUGCCCGAUCGAGCAUUUGGUUAAGCGCCACGGCCCCAGAAAGGGCGGCGUCUCAGUUGCGGCUCGUAAGAAGGCCAAAGAAGCUGCACUGGUCUCCGAGGAAGGCGAUGCGGCAGACGAAGGCGGAGCAGGAAACGCGAGCGAGUUGAGUGAUGCUCCAGAGGGCGGCGAUGCAGCUGAAGGUGAGGAUUAG